AUGAAGUUCUCGUUGAUUUCCCUGGCGGCAUUAGCUACUCCCACCCUCGCAAAGGUUUUCUACGCUGGUGUUGCUGAGAGUGGUGGCGAGUUUGGUGUCUGGACGGAUAAUGGCGUUGGCCGUGGCCUGCCUGGGAGAUUUGGAUCCGACUACGCUUUCAUCAACAAGACCGCCAUAGAUGUCAUGAUAAAAGAUGACAAGAUCAAUCUCUUUCGUAUCGCUUUUCUAUUAGAGCGUAUGUGCCCACCUUCAAUUGGCCUCGGAGAAGUCUUCAAUGAGACGUACUUCGACCUCUUUUACGACGCUGUUCAAUAUGUCACGGUUCGGAAGAGACGAUAUGUUAUCCUUGAUCCCCAUAACUAUAUGCGUUACAAUGACCCCUUUGCGCAACCUUACUCAGGCAGCAUAAUUGGCGAUGCCAGUGACCCAAACUCCGCCACUACUCAAGACUUCAAGAUCUUCUUCACCGAACUCGCGAAGCGCUUUCGCCACAAUACCCGUGUCAUCUUUGGUAUUAUGAACGAGCCCCAUGACAUGCCCACUUCAUUGGUCCUCAAGAAUAACCAAGCUGCCAUCGAUGGCAUCCGUUCUACUGGUGCCAAGCAGAUGAUUUUGGCUCCUGCUAACGCUUGGUCUGGUGGCCACGCCUUCACCACUGGAAACGGCAAUGAACCGUCAUCUGAUUACCUUCAUUUGAUGAGAGAUCCACUCAAUAACACUGCUAUCGAAAUCCAUGAGUAUCUUGACGACAACUAUAGCGGAAGCGGAGCCAAUUGUACCCAGCCCGUCACCCGCCUCGAUGGUGUUACUAACUGGCUUAAGCAACACGGAAUGAAAGCUAUGAUCACCGAGUUCGGCGGCGGUGUUAAUCCAGGCUGCGCCCAGGCUCUUAAAGACUAUAUCAAUUAUCUCGAGGACAAGGAGGUUUGGAUUGGAUGGACUGCAUGGGCUGCUGGCCCACUUUGGGGACAUUGGUCUCCUUGCUGUCAAAGCGGUCAGACUUUAGGUAGUUUUGAACCUGGGAGUCGAGCUGGAGAUGGUGGCCCAGGGUAA